UUUGAACAGCCGCUGCGAGCGCAUAGAACAGCAGCAGCAGCAGCAGCAGCACGCGACGAGCUGCAGCAACUAGCAGUAAAAAAUAGAAAAAGAAAACAUAUUCAAAAUAAUAAAAAAAAAAAACGCAACGAACUGAAUAAAAUUAAAAAAAAAAAUUAACGAAAAUCGGUCUAUUUUUUUUUGCUGUGCAAACAAGCGACACAGUGUUGUAAAUUGUCGAAAGAAAUAAAUAUUGCAAAUUGUAAAAAUAUUAAAAUAUAUUUAAAUAUUGUAAUUGUGUGGUGAGUGUUUUUUUUUUUUUGGGGCCAAAGCCAAAAGUGUUUUCGGAGCAUUAAAAUAAACUAGCAGCUCCCAGAAGAUGGGCAACGCCGGCUACUCUUGCAUCCGCCGCACCUUUUGCUGGCUCAACAUCAUUUUGUGGCUGUGCAGCUGCGCCUUCCUUGGAGCCGGCCUGUGGCUGCGCCUCAGCUAUGAAGGCUACGCAACGCUGCUGCCACAGCACGCGGGUCUGAGCGCGGACACGAUCUUCAUGUGCAUUGGCGGCAUCGGAUUUGUGGUCAGUUUCUUUGGCUGCUGCGGCGCUUGGGUACAGUCUCGCUGUCUGCUAGUGUUGUACUUUAUGCUGAUCGUGAUGCUGUUCAUGAGCGAGUUCCUGGUCGGCUCCAUUGCGUUCCUCUUCCGCGGCGGACUCGGACGCACGCUGGCCAACGAGCUGCGCUUCGGCAUCGAGCGCCAUUACAAUGCCAGCGAUCGGGGCUCGCUGGUGGCGCCAUCUGUGGCUGCCAUUUGGGACAGUGUGCAGCAGUCGUUUGAAUGCUGCGGCGUGUCGUCGUACGAGGAUUGGUAUGACAUACAGUCGUGGAGCGGCAAGCGUUGGGUGCCGGACUCCUGCUGCCGCCAGCUGUACGAUCAAAGACAGCUGAUCACCGAGGGCUCCGGGGAUGGGGUGAUGCGCGUGGAUUGCGGCAGAUCCGAGAAUCCCACCUUGUGGUGGGACAAGGGCUGCGCCCAUUCGCUGCAGGGCUGGUUCAAUGGCCAGCUAAAUGUGGUCGGAGCCAUCGGACUGGGCAUUGCGUUUGUCCAGCUCUUCGGGCUGAUCACCUCGAUGCUGUUGUUCUGCACGGUGAAGCACAAGAAGGUCUCCGACACGUACAAGUCGUACUCGCCCUCAAUUGAUCCGCAGACGCGCACCAGCAGCUGGGAGGAUUGAACUCGUCUCUAGCUAGAUCCGAUCCUCCGCGACAUGGAGAAUUUCUAAAGCAAGGCGCCGGGACACAGGCUAUUGCAUAUAUUAUUCCCCCCCCCCACACCACCAUCACCCUGUACCCCCAUUUUUUUAGUAUUAUUAUAUUUUUUUUUUCUUCUGCGAAAUGUGCCAAAAAUUAAUUUAAAUAUCUUCAUUUUUUUUCUGAACUUUGUAUUAUUAGAAAAAUGCUAAGGCGAAAAAAUAUCUGAAGCGAGGCGAAAAAGCAAGCUGAGCCCAAAGCUGAGUUCACACAAGUUUAGUAUUUUUUCUGUUGCUUGUCUCUUUUCCAGCAGUAUUUAGUGGUAUUUUUUUUGUGAAGUCAGCUUUGCGAGCCUCUAAUCUAUUAGUUAGCGGUAUAUCCAUAUUGUGAUGUGCUCAUCUAGUUUAUACAUAGAUCUAUCCAUAUAUAUAUAUAUAUAUAUAUAUAUAUAUAUAUGAUGAAUAUCAAAAAAAAUACCAAGAGUUUGGUAUUUUAUGCGCAAUCGAGUGCGAAGAGCGCGCCUCUAGAUAGACAUCGAAAGCUAUAUACAUGUACCAUAUCCAAUCUGCAUGUUAUUGUACGGCAAUUGAGUAUUGGAAGAAGACAAACGACAACAACAACUGCCCGCAAUGCAAUCAACAAAUGAAAUUAGCUAAAGAGAAAAGUAAAUAAAAACACCAUUUAUAUAGCAUAUAUAUAUAUAUAUAUAUAUUUAUACA